AUGUAUUGUUCAGAUACGCAGACCCUGGUUCAGCGGACGGCGCCCAAGGAGGCUGUCCCCUGCUUCCCCGAACAGGUCUAUGCUGCAAACGAUGGUGUCGAGACGGGUAUCUCUACUAUCGGCUUCCGUUCGGGCCGCUAUGCACCGUCAGAGGCCCAGGAAUCCAUUGACCGACGCUACAUGCAGAGCCAUCUGGAUAAUGAAAUCAGUAAGCAGACCCGAGAGGACAGCAAGGACCUGAUGCGUGAGACGAAUGCACUGACAGAAGCUGACUUCAAAACCACCACCGACCGCCUCAAGGAGAGACUCACCGACCUCCAUUUCUGGAAGUCAGAGUUGGAGCGCGAGAUUCUUGACAUGAUAACAACAAUUGAUCAUCUAGUUCAGUGUAAGGUCCGCGUGGAGAAGGCCCUAUUGGCGAUAGAUGAGGCUAUUCUAAUCUGCACAGAUAAUUUAAAUGCACGUCAACGGCGGUUUGGCGAGGACUUACAGCAGGACGCUGUGGAACUGAGCCUGAUUAAGGUAUGUUUUGCAAAGCUGAGGUUGCUAUUGGCUAGUGAAUGAGGGCAAUCGGAAAAAGUCUCACAUAACGAUUGUCAUUUCCAGACUAAAAGUGUUAAUUUUCAUGGAAAGAAGGUCGUACACAGAGGAAUUUUAUGACACGCCUUCAAGUUAACCGUUGGAAAUGUCAUUUCAGUUAGUAACAAGGUCAGCCAGAACAUAUCGAAUAGUGUUUCGUCGAUGAACCCUGAAAUUCUGCCUAGGGACAGUAGGCUAGUUGCCAAUUAUUGAUGGAUUUAAAGAGAAUGCAUUUCGUUCUAGAAAUGUCUUCAGAAAUACGAAAAGGUUUGUAGAGAGCUUUUUCAAACGUCUUUGCCCUCUUUCUGCCGGUGGUAACCAUGGCUAUCAGAUGAUACCAGAAAAAUUGUAAAUGUGACGCGCUUUGAAACUGUUGCGGCCGUUGAAGUCCGGGGCAUGGAAGGCUGCCAACUGAUGGGAUAAUUCAGUCAACAUUAGAACAUUUUGGAGAAACGGACUAACAAUCGGGUUGCGUCGACUCCUUCUUGAUGUGGCCUGUUUGGCACUUUAACCUAGGUGGCAUUCGAGCCGGGUUCAUAAAGUAUGGCAAAUGCUGUGGACACCGGGUUGUGUGGGGCACGCGUAGCCUUGUCAGCCGCUGCUCCCAAUCCCGCCUCCGGUCAUUUUGACGCUGUCCUACGACUGCAGUGGAAUUGGUGACGCAGGAGGUGGUGCGGCAUAUAAUGCGCAAGUCCACCUUAUCAUGAAUUGAUUCAUGUUCAAGUCGCUGGUGCUGGGCCCACUCCGUGGAGCACACAGUACACGUCGUCGCCUUCGAUAGUCAGACCGUCAUCACCAGGGGUAAUUACAUGCUCACAUUCAUACGUGAUCCGCAGGGACAAAUAAUACCAGUUUGCGGGAACCGACGAACUUCAGUUAUCUAAAGCGUUUGUGACUCAUCUGAUGGACCUCUUCUAUGGCCAUCUGCGCUGUCUGCACACGCACGUCAAUGUUGCAUGACCCAAUUGUAAUCGGGCUGUGGUUGGCCAAAUGACGACAGCACAAGCCCUGAACAAUACUUUGCCAAUCUACUCGCAUCUGUAGGCAUUAUCUACUGUCAUCAUAACCUAGCCUGGCAGGUAGACAGGGUUCUAAAACCUCGACCGUUGGUGUCGUCAUUUGGACUGCCGACUGAUGUUGUCUGCGCUAAAAAUGGCCUCCGGCGGGAGAGUGUUAAGCACUCUGGGAUCACAGUAACAACGAGGAAUGACAUCCACCCAUACUUAGACAGGGAAAAUACGAUUGCUGGAACAAAAAGCUAUUCGCCUAGCGUUUUAAGUGCUCACUGGUACUUAUCGUCAGAGGCAGUCGCGAGAGGAGGCAACCAGUCAAUCCGAAAGCUAAUGGAGUCAUGGUUCACCGGCCUGCAGGCGAUUAACGACCACAGUGGCCUCCCAGCCCCGUAUUCUGUUCUGAGACUUUGCCUGGACAAAGUAACUGGCCGUGUAGGAAGGAUUCGAGUAAACACCGCUGCCAGUGACAACAUCAAAAAAUCGAAUUUCCAAGUCACGCCAAUAAUCCAUAAGGGUGAUUCAGUUACUGCAGUUAGCCACUUGGAUGUGGAUGAAUAAACGAUCAUUGAACCAAAUGCGGGCCCUGACGAUAAAGACAUCAGCUGUUAACUACGAUAGACAAGUGUUGCAUUCCAUGGGCGUUCACCACACUUAUCCGCGACUAUUUAUGGUACUGCGUCCGAGUAGGAGUCCGAAACUGCAGGCGGGUAAACUUCUUGUUUCUGAGAUUACAUUUCGUUCUGAACGACACCAUGAAACUCACCUCUGCACCGCUAUAAGCAAUCCGCUAGACUCUUAGGAGGAAAAUGAUAAUGAAUAAAUUAAUAUUACUUUAUAAAGCUGGAAAUAAAGCAGGACUGCCGGCGUCGACCUUAGGGUAGCAAAAUGUAUGGUCUAAUCCCUCCCCUAUCGCCUUCCUCCUCUUCCUCUCAAUCAGCGUUUCGACGUAACACGUAUGUCAGCGCCGUCCUUACUAUUGUCAUCCUCCCCCUCCCCCCCCACUCCUCCUCCUCCUCCUCCUUCUCCUCCUCCCUGCCUUCUGUUCUCCCUUUCUGCAUCUUUUUCCUUGUCAUCACUAUUAUUAUCCCAAAUCCGCGUGGGGUUAGUUUACUUCAGGAUUCAUUAUCUUUGUACUGCCAAUUUAACAUACAGUAAAGUCAAUGUAACUGUAUAAACAUAAGUUCACAAUCAUCCUAAUCACCUUAAUUAGCCUUUAGACCGACUUUUAAUCCUUUUAAUGACAGUUCAUAGUUCGCUUAACGAUGGCAGCUGGCCUAUGAUUUAAGUUGAAAGCAAUACAUACGAUCAGUUGAAGAAAAGAGAAAAACUGAUUAGGAAAAAUCGUUCAAAAACACUACCCUGCCUUUCUGGGUUCAUAGACCACAGCGCUAUCAAGGUGUGGUGGUUGGCAGAGCGAAGAUUCCCACAUUAUAACCAUGGAGACCGAUUCGAUAGGGCGGUCUUUUCUGUGACAGGGAUCAAGCAAGCAACUCAGAAGUCGGCAGUUGUCUUUUUACCGCGCGGUUUUUGUUAUUGUUCACAGUGCGAGAUAUCUGAAUACACCUAAAUCAUGCCCCUCUUCAUCCAAUCAACAAAGGAUAUAAUGUCCAUCGGAGCCAAACCUCUGGCUGAGCAAUGUGCGGCACCGAGGUUCACUCGACAAGGUGCUUUAACUGAACUAAAAGUCCUAGGGUUAUGUGGCCACACUUACGACCACCAGGAUUGACAGCCACAGUACUCGCAGCCGAAGUCAAAAUAAUUUUUAAUGUCUAAAAAACGUGACCAAUUAGAUGAUCGACACUUGGACGUAGCGUCCACUUAGUGCAGCAUAGACGGUGGAGCAGAUGAUGAUGUUUGAAUGCAUGCUGUUUGGGGAGAGUCGGCGGUUGAGGAUGAAUUUGAAAGCAGAUAACACGAAGAGACGUGGGUCAGGUGAAGUAGAGAAACAGGAGCGGGGGGGGCGGGCAGGGUCCAGCGUAUUUUUGUUCGCAGAGCUGAUCAGACAUUGCUCUGGUAACGGUGCCUUGACUCAGUCAGCACUGACCUCUCCCUCGUCACCGCGACAGACCCCGGAUGGGACUAAGGGGGACGGUCUGGUCGACCGGCAGAAGACCUUUUGCUCCUUAUCUUAUUCAUAAACGUCCUGCGAUUCUCCCGAGUCACUCGCAGAAAGUACUCCCCGGACAAAGACUAUGAAGACCUACUUAGGAUUGUGCAACUGGGUAUAAGUGUAUCUGGCAGGGUUCUUGGUGUUUUUUUGGGCAUCAGCUGCUUGUUUUCCUUGUCUGUACGAAGAAACCUAACCUCCCUGACGGGUUCCAGGUCACACACCCUUUCCUCGGACAUAAUUAUCUCAUAGAUUAUGGGCAUGAAAAUCUUUACACGGUGCUUACAAAUCUUCCAGCCCGUCUCGGUCCACUUUUGAAACGUCAGGAAGAGAGUGGAUGAUGAAGUGCUUUGGGCACCCCCGUUGACGUAGAUUUUUGAGAGAAGCAGACUGGAAGAAAUGUAAGCCCUCGAUAGCCGAUAUGCUUUUUUUACUGGGUGGAUUCAGUAGAUGACCUCCUGACCUCCUUAUCACCACCUAAUUCGAGCACCACGGACAUGAUUAAGCAACGGAGCGAUUCAGGUAUCCGAGUGAUAGUUGUGGGGCGCUCUAAUUGUCUGUUGAACCCUCUCUGACCUCAGGAUUUGUCUGUAUAGGUUUGCCUAUUAACGACGUACACGAAGAGAUGCCCGCUGUUGGAGGAUGUUUUUUCUUGCUUCUUUGAGGUUGGCGCUCCCUUAUUUCAGAUGCCACGCAGAGGACUUGAUGAUGAGACGUCUUAAUUUCCCGUGCUCUAACCGGACAGGGGAUCAUUUUCCUUCUUGUUGAAUAUCCUAAAAGCACUAUCGUGGCCUCAGAAGUGCGCAUUAAGCUCAGCAAACAGAGUGUCAUUAGUUUCUUUUUACAGGAACUCGACGUCCUUAACAAGUCGGCUGCAUUGUACAAGCGAACAAUCGAGCAACUCAAUAAUCAGAUUAAGUAAGCCCUUUUUGCCCCUCAUUUUGUUUUUUUUAUAUUUGUUACUUUACUGAUGGCUCUCUGACCGUCUUCUGCCAUACUAUGGCUCUUAGUAGUCAAUUAUUAAAAUGACAGUCUCUUCGAGAAACUUCCCGUCAUCCUUUUGCUUUUACUUUAACUGCAAACUUAAAAAUGUUUGCGCCUCUUAAUAUAUGGAGAUUUCGCCCUCGACGGGGUCAAAAUUUUAAUUGUGAAAACUUCGGCGGCCUGGGUGGUGUUGAAACCCGCCACAGUAAGGGCAAAUCUUGUGCACAACCAACGCUAUAACUGCCUGGGCUAGAGGGCCCAGCUGAUGACCUCGAGUCUACUCAAAUUGGUUUAUCCGGUGGUUAGAACGUUGGCUGUGCAUAGGCCUUGCACUUUCUGUCGUGAGUUCGAACCCCACUGAGGCCGCCAAGUUAUUCGCAAAUGGGCCAGAUGAAUCACCAAAAUUGGCCGAAACACCUGUUAAGUCCCUAAUAGUCUAACCUGUAUCCCUAGGUUCAUUAGUGCUGCAUACAAGACAUAAACUUCCCCCAUAUCUACGGAAGUACUUUUAAAACAUUUGAAGGCCUCCUUAUGUGGAAGUGAGGAAGUGACUGCGCUGGAUUUAAAGAGGGCAUAAUGCAUGCAUUUUCAUAACUGAAAAACACAUAAAUACAGGUCGUUUCUUAACAAACCGAGAAUUAGUUCGGAACUUUCGCAUCAAAUACCCCCCUUAUUUCAAAAAAACUAUUUGAAGAAGACCUACCGUCCUACAAAGUGAGUAUGAGAUAUGAUGUUUUGUAUAUUAAGGGGCUCAGUUACUAGAACUUAAGGCAAAGCCGCACGCUAUAUAACUAGCUAUUUUUCACCGAGUACGAUUUGCACAACUGCUUGAAAAGACGUCUAGCCAUAAUUGAACAUGCUUCCGCGUACGAAGUAGCUUGUUAUUAUGUCCCUUGCUGUUUCGUAUAGAAAACGCAAGCUGGUAAUUUUACUUAGUUGAAUGCUUAUUUAUAAAAGUCAAGUCCAAGUUUGAUUGGUUUUGGAGGCCACCAAAAGUAUUUGACUUCGAUUUCGGAAUAUUUUUAGGCAAGGACUCAGUAUGAGACCCCACUCAAAGAACCGAAGCUAGGUGUUUGUGUAAUACGGGUUUUAUGCGUGGGGCUAAACGACGGAAAGGAGAGCACGAUAUUAGAUAAACAUCCGGACACAUGUUGAGACGGCAUAUUGCGUACUCGCGCCAAAUUUCUCUACAGCUAUUUGCAAAGGAGCACACGUACCAGGAACCAGAUCCUCGAAGAAUGGUGAGGGUGUUAGGUUGUCUGACAGUGCAAGAAAAAUUGGGCAUUUUUCACAUUUUUUCCGGUUCAUUUUCACGAAAGACGUUGAUUACAUUUUACCUAGCUACAAGAGGGCAGAAGCGUCGAUUAUGAGAAGGACGAGGAAGCAAUAUGGCACGAAGACGUGGUUUUUGUUUACUGAAUUUGGUCGCAUACUGCGUCUCUGUCUAUUUUUAUUAUAUUCCUGAUGACUGACUUAAAUCCCAGCCUUUCAUAUAUGAGAGCAGGAAAAUUUGAAUUUAUACGAUAUGGAGUCCACCUAGAUUCAUCCUAAGUAAUGAACGAAUGACUCCCAUAAAAAUGAAGAUGUAAGGCCCAUGUCCGCAUGCUGCUAUGAAAUUAGAUCGGUUAGAAUCUCUCAGGUGACUUAGAAUACCAAGAUAUCUCCAGUAGUUGGAAGCUUUGGAAUAGUUAUUCGAAUCUUCCACUUUCAAGUCAGUUGCGACGGCGUCGUACUUUUACGGACGGAACCACUUAUAUCACAACUCAAAACCAAUAUUCCACCAAUGGGAUUCAGACCACCGCUCGGAUAUGCUAAACUGGGCGUAUUUUGCAGACGGAUAGUUGAUCGAUAACCACUCCCAUUCGCUCUGCUACUGAAUAUGCAUUUUAUUCCAACAGUCCAACGGACCCGUCUAAUUUCGUAGCUUUUUUUCUGGCGAAGAGGGGGUAGUUAGUGCGUACCCUGGCCGAUUCUGAGCCUGAGAGGGGUAACCUCUCCUUACGUGACUUAAACCGUGCAGUCAAGAAACAUAAGUAAUUCGCUUGGCAACAGUUCUUGCCUUCGAAGCCACUUCCGUAACUUUUCAGUGGCGUUUAUGUCUUAAUAACACUAACACAUCCUUCUGCAAAAUACACCCAGUUUAGCCUAUCCGAACUGUGGUCCGAAUCUCAUCGGUGGGAUAUUGGUUUAUAGUUGGGAUUUGAGAGGUCCCCUCCGUAAAAUUACGUCGUCGUAACCGACCUGAAAGUGGAAGAUUCAAAUAACUAUUCCAAAGCUUCCAACUACUGGAGUUAUCUUGUUAUUCUAAGUCAUCUGGGAGAUUUCAAGCGAUCUGACUUCACAACAGCAUGGAACAGGGGCCUUCCAUCUUCAUCUUUAUGGGAGUCAAUCGUUGCUAUUUAACAUUCGUCUGAUUCCUCAUCUCACCCAAUCUUUAAUCGUCUAUGCGGUUUACCCCUGUACCGACUACAGACGCGAUCGCGAUGUAAAACAAGACCUUGAGAUGGCUUGGAGCGACAAACACGAGGCAGACUUGUUGGAUACUGAGGGUGGCCAUCUAAAACCAACCUCCACCAACAAGCAACAUUAUCCGGGCGAAGCACGUGCUUACCCACAGGCCGCACAGUCCACAGUUGAAUCCUGGACCCAGCAUCCACAUGACAUUAUUCUGCGAGCGGAGCACGAACGUAUGGCCAGUGAGCAGUUGCUGCAUCUCGCCUCAAACAUCAUUAAUGACGUCACGCGGGAUGUCAUUCAUCAAAAGGAUGUUGUCAAUGCGGCCUUUCAGAAGAGGCUUGAUGAAUAUGAGGCUGACAAGUUCAGACUCACGGGCCAGCUCAAAGCGGUGAGCAGAAUUUUGUAUGGGUGGCUGGGAUGGCUCAGUUUAAAGUUGCAAAGCAACAUUUUCUAUGCAGUGAUGAUUAACGUGUGCAUUUUUCAGGCGAAGCGGACUUCUGCCGCAUCUAUUUCGCCCCACGAUCUCCAUACCGGCCGUGUUUUGCUUGUGGGGGGGGGUGGAUCAUGACGAAUAGCAAUAGGCACGGAGGCAGGAGGCCAACAAGACCUGAUGGUCUGCUUACGCCAGUCAAGCAUUACCCAGUCCUUCGCAGUCUCUCCGCAGAUGCCAGGUUUCGAUGAAGGAGUCCUAUGUUUCUCACGUUUGGACGACGCCGUGGAGGCCAUAUUAAGACGGAGACAUUGAAGUCACCCCCCCCCAGUCCUUGAUAGGCCCACAUAUCUCACUGUUUAGUAACUCUCUAAGUCACUACCGUUAGCAUAUCGCAGUAAGCUUCAGGCGCGUUUAAUUUCUUUUCGUGAGGAAUAAGACGAUUUGUCAUUUGAAGGAGUGCCUCCGUGACAAUCCCAUUGCCUUCCCUCUCUCUAGUGUACUGGUAGCCUUUCCGAGCUUGACGCUUGACGGGUGAUGGGACUGGACACUGUGGAUGAAGUAGCGUGGGCCUCCUUUUAACGCGUUAUACGUAUGCCCGGUAUGGGUUAGGGAUUAAAGCAGACUCAAAGCAGCCCGACCAACGCACGCAAUGGGCUGCUCCGGACUGCUUGAACUAAACGCACUAAUGGCACUUCCCGCAGCCAGCAGCGAAACCGGAAGCACAAGUUUAAGAAAAAUGAUGGUAAAAAGGCUACUGGAAGUAUGUUAUUACCGAAAAAGACAAGGGAGACUAGAAUGGCCAUUUCUGGCAUAUUAGCCGUCGUCAGCCGGUCAUACCCAAAUCCCGAAGUGUGGAACACCCGAGGCUCUAACUCGCGACCUGCUAGUUAGAAGUCCACGCGUCCAACCACUGUGCCACGAGCCCGUUGCCCUGUCGGUUUCGAUCGGGAAUAUACAAUGGUGGGGGGCGCUCAUCGAUCGUUCUUACGGAACUCACUCGUUUCGUUGUGCCUUAAGGGAUCUCUCUCUCGAGCUCAACCAGCAGCCGCACAAGGACUAGCCUACAUAAAUAGAUGCAUUCGCACUGCACAGAGGGUGUACAGAUUUGGUCUAGCUGACCGAUCUGCAGCAUCAUCGAGCUGAUUUUCGUCAGCGUCUCGCCACCCUCCUGGACUCGGCAUAGAUAGGCUGGGUAUUUAUUUACGCAGGAAUAUGCGAAGACAGACUUGCCCGGUUUCUUGAGAAAAGCAAGCUGGGAAUGAAAUUGCAGCUAGCGUGGCGUUUCAAGUGCGUGUAUGUCUUUUGUCCCUGGCACAUAACGACCUUAAGGUGGAAGGGAUAUGCGCUCAAUGAGCCUGUAAGAGAGCCGAUCACGGGCGCCCAGAAACUCCUUAUCACCCACUCUACCCACCAAGAUGAUUGACUCAUUCCUGCCAACAUUCCCGCUACGGAGACCCGUCCAGGACUCCGGCUGCCACCAAGCUUCAGCCCAGCAUACAUGCUCGUGUCCUUCAAAUCCCACUAAAUACAACCUAUUCCUCUGGUCGUUUAAGUAUAACCACUGCUAAAGCCGCUACAGGGUACUGCCAAACAGAAAGACAUAUUUAUGUACUGUGAGCCUGUAUAAAUCAACGUCUUACGUGAAACAAAAAUGAUAAGUAAAUCUAUUAUACUAUGACUGGUAACUGAAAACUUAUAAUCUGUCUUAAGAAAGCUUUAUUUUCAGCCUAAAAAUUAGUACAAAAUGACCGACAUUAAAAAAAUAUGAACUUUUCGUUUUCUUAUUCCAAUGAGAACCAAGUCUUUUCCCUCUUAUACAUUCUGACAUAUUUUCCAGAAAACAUGCUCAAAAAUAUCCCCUAUUUUGCCUAGUUUAUGGCAAAUUACGUCUUCUUCUAAUGUUACAUUUGAAGGAAGAAUAUUUUUCGCUUUUAAACGUUUGUACGUGUGGUAUUUAUUAAAACCGUGAAAUAUCAUCCAUUAAUCAAUAGUGGUUACUGAUAAGUGUGCUGAUUACGAGUUCUGUAAGACAUCUUCAGAGCAUGUAUAAAUGUGAUUUGCCUUACAGAGAAAAUAUAUAGCUUGUAGUUUGGAGGUCCUGAAUACGAUUGCAACGAAAGGUCACGUUGAUAAUUAUUCCGGAAUUGAGAUUUUUGAAGUCGAAAGAUACGCUUUCUCCCAACAUUAAGUUUGAAGUCGAUGAAGUUUGCUACGAACUGAGAACGGGGAAAAACAUUUAUGAGUAUGUUUUCUAUAGAACAUAUUUGGAUGUAUAAGGUCAUCGAAAAUCGAUUGAAAAAAAUCAUAGUACUGAAGCGGUCAUUUAUUGGGGAACUUGGCUUUUAUAAGCGGCCAAUAAGAAGCCAGUUCAGAAGCCGGUAUCCUGUUGUGACCGAAAUAUCUUGUGAUUAUGCUGUACGAUAGUUAAACUUACGAUUCUAUUUAAGAUAUCCUUUCUACUCGAAGACACCUUUGAGAAUUUCGGUUGGCAUUUCCUGAGACAGAACAUCUAAUGUACGCGUCACUACGUACCGGCAAGCUCUAAGCAUCAACCUGAGUUACCUCCUACAUGCUAUCAUUUUUAACUGGGUAUCAAAUUACAGUUACAUGUGUCAAAAUUACUACAAUGUGCAUAUUUUCCUAAGUUUGUAAAAAAUAUGAUCGUUCUCAGAUUUUACACUGGAAGUUAGGGAUGUUUUUGCAUAUGUUUAAAUGCAAAUCACCUUUUCUCCGAACCGGCAAAGGUCCAGUUAAUUUAAAUAGUUUAACCUCAAUUUCAGACGUGCGAUGAGAUUGCGGCAAUGGAGAAAAAUAUCAAGGAGCUCGAACUUGCCAUCGCAGCCAAGGACGCCUACGUUCAGACUGUUCAAACUCGUCUACAUCUACACAAUAAGAGACCAAAUGUGGAAAAUUGUCGGGACCCACCACAAAAGGCGUAAGUCAACUUUAAUCAGUCUAUCGUCCGAAUGGGCCCUUAACUACGUUAUAUCCGUCCUUUCUGCUUUUUUGGAAACAACGAUUCGGUUGCGCCGUAGGAAAUUUGCCAAAGGUAUCGAAGGCAAAAGCGAGCACCAUGAUGGUAUCUCCAGAAGUCGUCGGUUCAUGUAUGUGUACACAAUUCCAAGACAUAUAAAUGAGCCUAAGCACAUGAGGAUUGACCAUUUUCCAUUUGUUAUUUGAAGGAAACACUGAUAAUCACUAGAUAUGUAAAGUCAAGUUUUGAUUACUGCAACAUAACUGCUUAUUUCUUCUAGACAAAAUAGCAUUAUUGACAAAGACAGGGUAGCCUGGAAUGGCCAUGUCUGGCUUAUUAGCCGUCAUCAGCCAGUCAUACCCAAUCCUGAAGUGUGGAACACCUGGGGCUUGGUCCCGGGACGGAUGGGUUCUCUAACACGAUUGGUGAGAGCCCAUUGACCACUAUAUAUUUCCGAUCGCAACUGACAGGACAACGAGUGGUUAGACUUCUAACUGACAGGCCGCGGGAUUGAACCCCAGGUGUUCCACACUUCGGGUUGGGUAUGACUAGCUGACGACGGCUAAUAAGCCAGACAUUGCCAUCCCAGUCACCCUUGUCUUUGUCGACAAUACCAUUCAGCCUAUAUCAUGCGCCGCUAUGCGGCUGCUGGUUGGAUUCGAGAGAGAGAGAGAGAGAGAGAGAGAGAAAGAGAGAGAGAGAGAGAGAGAGAGAGAGAGAGCGAGAGCGAGAGCCCAGGGCACUACGCGAGGAGUGAGUUCCGUAAAACGAUUGGUGAGCGUCCCUCUAUCAUUAUUUAAUUUGUGUAAUCGUGUCUCUCUAGGGUUCAUCCAUCGUAGUGUGUGUAGUGUUAGGGCUGGCCUUCGGAUUUCGCGGUUAGGUUUAGUGUUGGGGUUAGAGUCAGGGUUGUCUUACUGCUAAGGUUGAGUUUAGGGUUGGGUUUGAAUCUAAAGGGAAUGUCAAGUUUAUUGUCCGAUGUAUGAAAAGAGUUAGGGCGUUUGCUUGCCGCAUGUCGUUCUACUCAAUCUGCUCUUGAUUAACUAAGAUUCUUGGUUAACCUGCGUUCCGUCCGUUUGCACAUUCCUAAUUCGUAUCUUUUAAAUUACGCUGUCUCUUCCGGCACCACUUCGGUGUAAUAAAAUAAACAUGCAGAAAUGCAAAUUCCCUCGAUGCUUUCUACGGAUUACGUUUAAUUUUGUGUUCGUCUGCCCUACCGAUAAAACUACCCGUUUUAAUGGAUACCCUGUGCUUUAUUUCCUCAGCGGGCUUACUUGGCGAAACAGUAACCUGAGAGUGUUUGUAUGAGAAGCAAUCGUAAUUUGUUUUGUCCCCCUUUUAUCUACUGCAUGUUAUCUUCUAGCUAGCGAGUCACCCCAGUACACCUCCUGUCUCCGAAUGUGACAUUUUUCCCACUUCCUCAUACCAAUAGUCAACCCCCCAGUCAUCAGACCGAUUUUAGCAUUUUUUCUGCGGGCCUGUACAAGAAAAACCACGAUUCGGCAUCAGUCUGGCAAUCAGCUUACCUAGCCUUUCACGAAAACCCUUUAAAUGCAAAUAGCAGUUAUUGCGAAAGCGAAAUUGCUGUUUUUCCUUUUUAUCAUGAAUAACGUUUACCUCUGUGCGCAUGACGAUGACUGCUCUCUAGAAGGCAAAGAUUUUCUAAAACUCCAGGGAAAAAUAUUGUAUUUGUUCGAGUUUUCCGCUUGUAUACUUUCAGGUACAAAGGAAAAAACGCCAAGUAGGGGGUUUUUCAGUCUUUCUCAGCUAUUUAGCGGUCGGCUUAUUUAGGCCGCCAGAUUGCCCCGAUACGGCAAUCUGAGGUUGAUCUGGCUAGUUGCUGACUUCUGGUCAGAUGCCCAGGCCUUAUCAUCUCACAACUUCUCGUGCUGACGGCUCGAUCAAUAGUCAUUGGGUCCACAAGGAUAAGGUUGGGGUAAAUUCAACCACUUGAGAUAGCUAACGACCUCGCCACAUAGUCGACGUGUCCCCGAACCCGAACCCGAGAACCGAAGCGAGUUGCCAUCCGUCGCCACAUGGACUUGGCCUCAUCCCGUCCAGUGGGCGGACGCAGUAUGGAUUAAUUUUGAUAACAGCGCGUAAAUAAUAACCUGGAAAAUUCCACAAUUGCCCUUUUUACAGCUUGUUUUUGAUUCAACACCACAAAAUACGUACACUUCACUGGGUAAGCCGAACUUCCCGGAAAAUAGGCAUCGUUUGCUUAAUCACUCCAGCGCACAUAUACACAAGAAAAUGAAACGAUCGCCUAUUACUUACUUAAUCUUCCGCUGGUUUGCUUGUGAAUAGCCACUGUCCACUGAGAUUUAUGUCCGAAACCCACGACCAGUCUUGGCCCAUUUGAUCGUCUGUUUGGUGUCUUGUUGAGCGAGGUUGAUUUUUUCUCAGAUAAACAUUAGAAUAUUCCCAAUCGAAGGAGUAAAACAGGCCAUAAAUCAGCAUAAGACCGCGAAGAACCACUUUCGCAACCGUAAAGCAUAACUUGAGUAUCUACAACAGUCUACAUCUUUCGAUCUUAUCUGUUGCCGGCUUUAGCCUUUAUAGAGAGACAGAUACAGUACCUUUGCGAAACCUUUUGUGGUUAUAUAAAGCCAGUAAAAUAGCAUUUAUAAUGUGAGUAAGUACUCGUGUAGGGGCAGGUAUUCAGAGAACGUUACGUGGUUUUGGCCACUGCAGCGGAAGCCAGAAUUUUGAUUUCCGAUGAAGAAUGUGGCGACUGCCUUACUAAGGGUUUUUGCUUUUAUUUGUUUGGUUUAGGAUGCUUGACGAGUUGACUGAUAUUCAAAACUCCAUUGAUCGCCUUCGCGACAAGUUAAACCUCUCUGAGAACAACUUAAAACACCUCCAGGACACACAACUUAUGCUGGAGAAGGAAAUACACAUGAAGAAUAAUUCCAUUCAAGUGGACAAGGAUCAUUGUGUGCGUCAUCGCAUGUCCUUCCCGGACGCUGUGAGACUUCAGGGUCACUAA